AGCACUGUGUAGACCUACUGAGUUUACUGCUUAACUUUUGAAGUAAACUAAAACUUAGUAAAAGAUGGUGCUGUACCACAAAGAGUUUGAACAGGCAGGCAAGGCACCUGGUCUUCAGAUCUGGAGAAUUGAGAAAAUGGAACUUGCUCCAGUACCAGAUAGUUUACAGGGCAAUUUCUUUGUAGGUGAUGCCUACCUUGUCCUGUAUACCAUCAAGCAGAAGGAGGCUUGUUUUUACAAUCUGCACUUCUGGCUGGGCAAAGAAUGCAGCCAGGAUGAAAGCACCGCGGCAGCUAUCUUCACUGUGCAGAUGGAUGACUAUUUGGGGGGGAAACCCGUGCAAUACAGAGAACUGCAGGGAUAUGAGUCUACUGCAUUUACUGGCUAUUUCAAAGGAGGAAUUAAAUAUAAGGCUGGAGGUGUUGCAUCUGGAUUUCAGCAUGUUGUUACCAAUGACUUGUCGGCUGAAAGACUUCUUCACAUCAAAGGAAGGCGAGUGGUCAGAGCAACUGAAGUCCCCCUCUGCUGGUCCAGUUUCAACAAAGGGGACUGCUUUAUCGUUGAUCUCGGAGCAGUUGUUUAUCAGUGGUGUGGCUCAAUGUGCAACAAGUUUGAACGCCUGAAGGCCGCUCAGGUGGCAGCUGGUAUUCGAGACAAUGAGAGAAACGGAAGAGCUCAGCUGAUUGUUGUGGAAGAAGGAAGUGAACCUGAAGAAAUGAACAAGGUUUUGGGUCAAAAACCGAUGCUCCCAGAAGGGGAUGACAAUGAUGAUGAGGUGGCAGAUGUCUCCAACAGGAAACUGGCAAAACUGUACAUGGUUUCUGAUGAAAGUGGAACAAUGCAGGUGACACUAGUAUCAGAAGAAAACCCCUUUAACCAAAGCCUGCUUCUUUCUGAAGAAUGUUUUAUCCUGGACAAUGGAACAAACAGGAGGAUAUUUGUAUGGAAAGGUAAAAAUGCUAACCCUGAAGAGAGAAAGACAGCAAUGAAAACAGCUGAAGGAUUUCUUAAACAGAUGGGAUACCCCCAGAAUACCCAGGUCCAAGUUCUUCCGGAAGGUGGUGAGACUCCAAUCUUCAAACAGUUUUUCAAGGACUGGAAAGAGAAGAAUCAGAGUGAAGGCUUUGGGAAGGUGUUUGUCACAGAAAGGAUUGCAAAUAUUGAACAGGUGCAAUUUGAUGCCUCCAAGCUCCACCAAUCCCGUCACAUGGCAGCACAAUACAAUAUGGUAGACGACGGCACAGGAAAAACAGAGAUAUGGCGUGUUGAAAGCAAUGGUAGGACCCCUGUUGACCCAAAUACAUAUGGCCAGUUCUAUGGAGGGGAUUGCUACAUCAUCCUGUAUACUUAUAAAAAUGGCCAGAUCAUCUACACCUGGCAAGGUUCCAGUGCAACUAGAGAUGAACUCACUGCGUCAGCAUUCAUGACAGUUCAGCUUGAUCGGUCUCUUGGUGGCCAUGCAGUUCAGGUCAGAGUGUCACAAGGCAAGGAGCCACCACACUUGCUAAGUUUGUUCCAAGAAAAACCUCUCAUUGUUUACAAAAAUGGAACCUCAAGAAAAGGGGGACAGGCCCCUUCACCCCCCACGCGCCUUUUUCAAGUGCGAAGAAACCUAGAAACCAUCACUCGAAUUUCAGAGGUUGAUUUGGAUGCAAAGUCUCUGAACUCAAAUGAUGCCUAUGUUCUAAAACUAAAAAACAUUGGAUAUAUCUGGGUAGGCAAGGGGGCAAGUGGAGAGGAGGAGAAAGGAGCAAACUACUUGACUGAAGUACUGCACUUCAAAGCAAACAGGAUUGUGGAAGGAGAAGAACCAGCUGAGUUUUGGGAUGCCCUGGGUGGAAAGAAAGAUUACCAAACUUCAGUUCUGCUAGAAAGCAAAACUAUGGAGCAUCCCCCACGACUGUAUGCCUGCUCCAAUAAGACUGGCAGAUUUAUUAUUGAAGAGGUACCCGGAGAAUUCACACAGGAUGAUUUAGCUGAAGAUGAUGUUAUGUUGUUGGAUGUCUGGGAUCAGGUCUUCAUUUGGAUUGGCAAAGACGCAAAUGAAGUUGAGAAAACAGAAUCUAUAAAAUCAGCAAAGCGCUACAUACAGACCGAUCCAACCAAGAGAGACGAGGGAACCCCAGUCGUCAUUGUGAAACAAGCACAUGAACCACCUACCUUUACUGGCUGGUUCCUGGCUUGGGACACUUCCAAAUGGGAUACCGACCCCAUUGCUAGAGCCAUGACUUCUCUAAGAGUGGCCUAGAAUACUGUUAGGUGGUACUGCUGUAGGCUGCGGAAAUAAACAUGCUGUGUGUACGCUUUUUAGAAUUGAAUGUCUUCUUUAGGUAAAGAUAAAAAUGCAAUAAAUAUAAAUCAUUAAAUAUUAUGUGAACUGUGCAGAGGUAAGAAAAAAUAUACAUAUGAAUUACAGGGUUGUAACUAUGUGAGCAGGUCUCUGUACAGGAUUUAAUGCAGGCUCUAUUUUUUAUUUUUUUAUUUUAUUUAGUUUAUCUUAAAAGCAAUAAGAAAUACUAGAUACUGAUCUUUAAUAUAAAACAAAAUACAAUAUGUGUGUGCAUAAAACAAAAUCAUGUAACAAGCGUUAUAUAAUGCUUCCUUUGCCAACAAGCAAGUAGAUUUUAUUUAUUUAUUUUGUUUUCACUCUGCUUUUAACUGCUGAUUUUGAAGGUAAUGUGACAAAAAGCACAUCUGACAAUAAAAGUAAAUGCAUUACUUAA